AAGCUGACAAGAAGCAGACACCAUCUGAAGUUCUAUGCCUGCUGUGUUUCUCUUUGCUGCAACAAGAAGAGCCUUUCUUUUAACCUGGCUGCCUUUGGAUCAGUGACUCAGACAUAUUCAUGGCCUCUAAAGAUGCACAAAACCAAAGAAGCAGAAGUCUGCCUGGCUUUCUUCCUGGAGCUUCAGACCCAGAUCAUGGUCUUCACAUCUUACCUUCCAAUCCAGGGGACCAAGUAUGGCAGCGGGGUCCCCCUCCACCAGGGAAUCUCCCUCCUGGUCUAGAAUAUUUAAGCCAGUUAGACCUGAUAAUUAUACACCAGCAGGUGGAGCUUCUUGGAAUGAUACUAGGCACUGAGACCGCCAACAAAUAUGAGAUUAAAAACAGCCUGGGACAAAGAAUAUACUUUGCAGCGGAGGAAAGCAUCUGCUUCAACCGUACUUUCUGUUCCACUCUGCGAUCAUGCAUUCUGAAGAUCACCGAUAACUCAGGUCAAGAGGUGAUUACAGUCAACAGGCCCUUGAGGUGUAACAGCUGCUGGUGCCCUUGCUACCUACAAGAGUUAGAAAUCCAAGCCCCUCCUGGUUCUAUAGUUGGUUAUGUUGCACAGAAGUGGGACCCCUUUCUGCCUAAAUUCACAAUCCAAAAUGCAAACAAAGAAGAUAUUUUGAAAAUCGUUGGUCCUUGUGCAACAUGUGGCUGUUUUGGCGAUGUGGAUUUUGAGGUGAAGACCAUUAACGAAAAACUUACAAUUGGAAAGAUUUCCAAGUACUGGUCAGGCUUCGUGAAUGAUGUUUUCACCAAUGCUGACAACUUUGGGAUUCAUGUUCCUGCUGACCUCGAUGUGACAGUCAAAGCAGCCAUGAUUGGUGCUUGCUUUCUCUUUGAUUUUAUGUUCUUUGAACAUUCACUGGCUGGAUUAUAACAAGCAAGAUGACAAAAACAAUAAAAUAUGCAGAAUGUAUUUCAAAAUCCCCUGGGCUCUGGAUUUCAUUUCUGAAUGGUUUGACUAUUGGCUUUUUUCUCUUUUUGUAACAAAAUGUUAAUUACUAUAUUUAUUAAAGCAU